AUGAGUGAGUUGGUUGUAGGUGACACUUCUGUGAAAAUACAAUUAGGUGACAUUACUGAUGCAAGUACUGAUGCCAUUGUCAACCUAACUAAUGCAACACUGGACCAAGACUUUGGUGUAUCCAAAUAUAUUCUCACCUCAGCAGGACCUACAGUAAAGACAGAAUGUGCAGAUUUAUGUAAACGUCCCAAUGAUGGAUGUGUGGUGACUGGUGCUGGAAAUCUCAAAAGUAAAAUAAUAAUUCACUUGAUAGAUGUACAGGCAGCAAACAUUGCACCAUUAGUGAAAAAAUCUUUGAAAAGCUGUGAAAAACGUCACCUCUCUUCUAUUUCUCUUCCAGCUAUUGGAACAGGUUCAGCAAAACUAGAUCCCCAGAUCUCCAUCAAAGCCAUAAUGAAAGGGAUUGAAGAGUAUCUCUACGAUCCUGUCAAACUUUCUGCCUGCACCAGCAUUUCUAAAGUCUUCAUUGUUGUCUUUGACUCAGCUGUUUAUCGGGAAUAUCUUAAGUUUUUUCAGAAUUACAAGACCAACUACUUUCACUUCACUGCAUUUGGGAAAACAAUAGAACUAAUUAAAGGUGACAUCACUACUCAAGCUGUGGACUGCAUUGUGAACCUAGCAAACCAGACCCUGGAUCAGAAAUCUGGUGUUUCUGGAGCAAUACUGUCUGCUGCUGGGAGGGCAGUUGAAGAAGAAUGCAAACGAAUCGGCGUACUUUCAAAGGAUGGAUCUGUCAAAACUAGUGGUGGAAACACUAAAGCUACAAAUAUCUUGCAUAUUAUUGGACCUACCACUGUAGCUGAAUUUGAACAAUCCAUGGAGAGAAUCCUUCAAGCUUGUCAUUUGAAUGGCUACAGAAGUGUUGCAAUUCCAGCCAUGGGAACAGGCAAAACUCAUAUUGAUCCAAAAGAAACAAUUAAUGCCAUCUUGAACAGUACAUUACAAUACUUACCAGAAAAUAUUACUCCCCUCUCUGGAGACCAUCUCUAUAGUUGUUGUUCUAGAGAACAUUUACAGGACCUAUCUGAAGGUUUUUCAGAAGAAAAGCUGUCAAUUGCAGGAGCAACAACGAAAAGGAAAUUCUAAAAGAGAAAUUCAAGCACAAGUGAUAAUUACCUAUCCACCAACCUGGAUAAACCCUGGAAUAGAACCUUUUCAAGAGAUCUCUCUGGACCAAACAUCUAAAGAAUACAAAAACGUAAAAAAACAAAUUUUUUGAAAACCUCAGGACAUUCAUAUAAUGAUGUGAAGAUAACCCGGAUUCAGAACAAGAAACUGUGGCACAGUUUCUCACUAAACAAGAAGACAGUGGAACAAAACAAUCCUGGACUGGAAAAUAUACGACACCUGUACCAUGGUACAACUGUAGAUAAGAUCUGCAAUAUCAAUCAUGGAGGUUUCAACCGGAUUUAUUGUGGAAAAAAUGGUUCUGCUUGUGGCUAUGGGACUUAUUUUGCUGUUAAAUCAGAUUAUUCCUGUGAUGACAAAUAUUCAGCUCCAGACCAGAAAGGCUACAAGAGUGUUUACCAGGCUGCAGUAAUCACUGGAAGAUAUUGUAAAGGAGACUCUUCCCUCCGGGAGCCACCAUAUAUCAAUGCACAGACCAAAAAUCAACGUUAUGAUUCUGUUGUGGACGACAUGCAAAAUAUAACAUAUUUUGUUGUGUUUCAUGAUGACCAUGCAUAUCCAGAAUACCUGAUUACUUUUAAACCCUAA